GUUCCAUUCCUUCACAGUCUUCGAUAGAAGAUGGGCGUGAUUGUGGUGAUGCUGGUGGUGGUGCUGGUGGUGGUGGGAGUCCUCAGCAUCGACUCUACGGACACGGGCGUGUUGCCUCCCGUGGAUCUGAUGCACAGAGUCGUCCUUGAUCCAAUGGACAAGUACGUCUUGCAGUGGACGCCCCGUGAGAAAGAUGUAAUCUUCGAAGUUCAGGUGGCGACGAAGGGAUACGUGGGUCUUGGCUUCUCUCCCAACGGCGGCAUGAAGGGUGCUGACAUCAUCCUGGGCUGGGUGGACGACACUGGCAACAUCUUCCUCCACGAUCGGCACUCCACGGCCUACGGAGUGCCAAACAUAGACGAGUCCCAGGAUGUGGAGUUGCUGGGAGGUUUCCAGAAUGACACCCACACAGUGUUGAGGUUCUCCCGACCCUGGGUCACCUGUGACCCUCAUGGUGACCUCCAGCUCUCAGAGGAGACAGUGAGGUUGAUAUGGUCGUACUCUAGCCACGACCCGAUGAACGAGAUGACGAUGACGAAACACGACGACCGUGGCACCUGGAGUACUCUUCUGCAAGCACCAGUACUCGUCUACCCUGACCUAGACCAGGAUGUCAAAACCUGGGAUCUUCUCAAUCCUAACGUAACUCUACCUAGCGAUCAGUCGACACUCUACUGGUGCAAAAUGUUCAAGAUUCCUGCCACCGCUGGUAAAUCUCAAGUCAUCGGGUUUGUUCCCGUGAUAGAAGAGAGGAACGUACAGAACGUUCACCACGUGUUGCUGUACGAGUGCCACGUUCCUGGGAGUGACCAGCUCAGCAGUAGUCACUAUUACGAGAAAUGGCUGGAGGUACAAGGAGUACAGUGCUAUGGUCCCAGUAUGCCAGUCUCCUGGACCUACUGUUCCACUCCUGUGUUCGCCUGGGCUGUCGGCUCGCAAGGAGAGAUGUACCCAGAAACUACAGGCCUUCCUCUGGGAGAAGAGUACUCAGGAGCCACGUACUUCCUGAUGGAGACUCAUUACGAUAACCCCAGCCUCCAGCCAGGCAUCGUGGACUCGUCUGGUCUGAGGAUCUUUUACACCGAAAAUCUACGACAGUAUGACGCUGGGGUUAUUAUGCUGGGUCAGGCCAUCAGUCCCCUCACCAUCAUCCCACCACACAGAGAGUGGCUCAGUGUUGGGAUAUGUCAGUCAGACUGUACCCGGCAGGGUCUACCUGAGGGAGGCGUUGAGGUGUUCCUAGGUGUGCUUCACUCCCACCUGCUCGGUUCCUACAUGCGUCUCAGGCAGGUGCGUGGGGACCAGGAGCUGCCUUCCAUCCUCAAAGACAUGAACUAUGACUUCAACUUGCAGCAGUCAAGGAGCUUGAAGAAUUUCACCAUUCUGCCGGGAGACGCCUUAAUCCUCGAGUGUGGCUACGACUCCACUAAACGGGACUUCCCAACUUUCGGAGGCUUCAGCACCAACGAGGAGAUGUGUCUCGCCUUCCUCACCUACUACCCUCGGGUUGACCUCUUCCUCUGCUCCUCGUCACCUGACCUCAAGGAGAUUCUCGAGGGAGUUGGAGUCGAGGACGUCUACGACACGGAUGGCCUCGUAUUCAACAGGAGAGGACAGCUGUAAGUGACGGCAGUGACAGGAGAGUCAGUGACGGCAGUGACAGGAGAGUCAGUGACGGCAGUGACAGGAGAGUCAGUGACGGCAGUGACAGGAGAGUCAGUGACGGCAGUGACAGGAGAGUCAGUGACGGCAGUGACUAAAGUUUAAAAAGAAUAACAUUAAUAUUUAGUGGAUUUAGGGAUUAAUUUAGGACAGAGUGUGCUCACCUAUUUGUGGUUGCAGGGGUCGAUUAAGUAAGUAAGUAAGUAAGUAAAUUUAUUCAGGUAUACACAAUACAGUUACAUAGAAUUAUCAUACAUAGCAGCAUAUGUGUAGAGAACCUAGGAAAACCCUGGUGUGUCAUUUAGUAUGGGUUCUGAAUCCUGACCCACCCUUAAUGUGUGAUAAUUAGUUUGAAGAACCCUAGGUUCAUAUUUUACAUGGCUGAGGUAUGAGGGUUCACAUUUCAUGGCUGAGGUAUAAGGUUCACAUUUCAUGGCUGAGGUAUAAGGGUUCACAUUACAUGGCUGAGGUAUCAACUGUAACAAGCAUUUAUAAGACAGCAUCAUUAGUGCCUUCUCUGAUCCGAGUCUAAAUUUGCAGGAAUGUCGGUGUAGUUCGGAUCCAUCUCCUUAUGCAUCUCUUUCUUAUGUAUAGUUGAUAAUAUUGGCAGAUUAGCUAUUGAUCUAUAACUGUUAACGUCAGUUCGAAUCACCAACUUCAUAGAUGGAUGUUAUCCCGUCUCUGAGACACUCUGGAGAUGGGUUUCAAGUUUCUUUAGGUUAUCUUUCCCACCCUGAAGGACAACCUUAAUGAAGAUUAAGACAUUUGCAGCAGCUGGGUAUCUUAACUGAUGCAACGUUAGGCCUACAUGAUACUGUUCCAGACUACGGAGCUAAAUUCUUCUCCAGGCUGAGGGACUGGCCACCUUGUUAAAUUCUUCUCCAGGCUGAUGGACUGACCACCUCAGAUACUUUUACUG